AUGUCAGACAGGGAUCUCUUCUAUCUUGACCUUAGUGCGGGCGCCACAGUGGACGAAGAAAUCGACCUCUACGAAAUCCUUGAGAUCGAAAAGGGCGCAACCAAGGUCGAGAUCAAAAAGGCCUAUCACAAAGCUGCACUCGCACAUCAUCCCGAUAAGGUCGCUGAGGAAGAUCGUGCAGAGGCCGAGGUCCGCUUCAAGGCUGCAAAGCAAGCCUACGAGAUUCUCUCCGAUGAUGACAAGCGCCAACUGUACGACACCCACGGCAUGGCCGCCUUUGACCCGUCCAAGGGAGGAAUGGGCGGCGAAGGCCCAGACAUUGACGACAUUUUUGCGCAAAUGUUUGGUGGCAUGGGCGGCUUCGGAGGUAUGCCCGGCAUGGGUGGUAUGGGAGGAAUGCCCGGCGGGCGCCACGUACCUCGUAAGGGACGGUCGGUAGAGCAAGAGUACGAGGUUUCACUGGAAGAAUUAUACAAGGGCAAAACGACCAAAUUCACAAACACCAAAAACAUUGUCUGCAACUUGUGCAAAGGCAGCGGCGGCAAGCAGGGUGCCAAGAGCAACUCUUGUGCUGUGUGUAAUGGAAGGGGUGCCAAACAGGUACUUCGCCAAGUCGGCCCUGGUCUAGUCACUCAAGAGACCGUUCCCUGCGGCAACUGUCAAGGUUCUGGACAAGUCAUUCCCGAGAAGCAGCGCUGCAAGAAGUGCAAGGGCAACAAGGUCGUGGAGACCAAGAAUGUUCUUGAGCUUUACAUUCCUCGUGGUGCCCGAGAAGGCGAGAGAAUUGUGCUAGCAGGAGAGGCGGAUCAGCUGCCUGACCAGGAGCCCGGCGAUAUCAUCUUCACUCUUACUGAGACACCUCACGAUGUGUUUGAGCGCGCAGGCGCUGAUCUCCGUUGUGAACUCAAGGUCACUUUGGCCGAAGCCCUUACAGGCUUCAACAGAGUUGUUGUCACCCACCUCGACGGAAGGGGUAUCAAGAUGAAUGUCCAACAGCCCAAUGGAAAUGUUCUCCGACCAGGACAGGUGCUCAAGAUUGAGGGCGAGGGUAUGCCGAACAAGAAGAGUGAUACUAGGGGUGACCUAUACCUUGUAGUGGAUGUCGAGUUUCCUCAAGAUGGAUGGCUCAAGAGCGAAGCCGCCGUGCAAAAGGUUCGCGAUGCUCUGCCCAAGGAUGAGAAACCCGAGGAAAAGCAUGAGGAAGUCGAGGAAGUUGAAGUCGAUUGGGACGCUGACAUGGAAGAGUUUGGAGCUGGCAGUGGUGACCCACGAGCCGGUGGUGCCGAGUGGGAAGACGAUGAGGAGGGCGAGGGCGGCCCUCAGUGCGCGACUCAGUAG